AUGCGCCUUUCCAUCCGUCCCUCGAUCCUUCCCCGAACCACAUUCUUAAAAUCCUAUGCGACUGCACCCCAGGGCAGAGGUGGAAGGCCUGAAGCAGCUCCUCCUGACCCACGCAACGACAUUAUAAGACGUACAUUGUACCCCGAACGCACACCGGAUGUCACGGGACUCGCAUCCUCCCCAACAGGGAUCCACAGACCGGACGUGGAGCUCGCGCUGGAACGAGCGAUCCCUUCUGCCGAGGCGCAUGAAACGAUCGAGCGCGCUUGGAAGUUGCACCAGCGACAGGUUCGGGAGCAGCGCGAGGCCGAGUUGAAGCGCAAGUACGAGUCAAUGAGGCGAGCUGUGGAGGUGUUGAAGGAAUUAGAUCCUGUUAGCUAUGCAGAAGCCACCAGGGGUGUUGAUUCACGCCGGUUGAGUGAGGCGGAGAGAGAGAGAAUCAAGGGAAUGAAAAGGGGUGCUAGGAAAAAGGCUGAGAGUCGGGUGGAAGGAUUGUUUCCUCGUGAGAUGAGGAUGCCGACCGAUACACCAAGUCGAGAUGGUUGGAAUCACGGAUGGACAGCGUUGUAG